GUUUUCUAAAUUUCAAUUUGUACGUGUCUUUUGUGUUUUGUGCUUUCCGAUUAAGUAUUUAAGCUAUAAUAAUGAUUAAAUAUACUCUAUUAUUGUUAGGAGUAUGUGUUUGCAGCAUUUUAGCAGAAUUCACAUCACAAGAUUGCCGUGAACUCGGAUUUAUCAAAGCUCAACUGAUGUGCUCGUCCUGUGAGAAAUUAAAUGAUUUCGGUUUAGAUGCGAUAAAAUCACAUUGUAAGGAGUGCUGUACACCCGAUAAAUUGCCGGCAGCCCAGCGGCGCUGGCCUAAAGCCAUUCUUGAAGUAUGCACUUGCAAGUUCCGUGCUUAUCCACAAAUUGAAGCGUUCAUAAAGAGUGGAAGGCCGGCGAAAUAUUCGAAUUUGCAAAUCAAAUAUAUGCGUGGCCUUGAUCCGACUGUGAAGUUGUUGGACGCGAGCGGUAAUGUGCAGGAGACACUUUCGAUAACUAAAUGGAACACGGAUACGGUUGAUGAAUUCUUCGAGACACAUUUAGAAAACCCAGCUCGAAAAAAUAAGGGGAAGAUGGCUUAUAGCGUGGUAGAAGAGGAGGAUAUCGAUUUUCUUGAAACGAACCGAAUUUAAUGAACAUACAUGUAGCGUGCUUAGCAAAAUUUACUUCAUUCCUCUAAGCUUCCUGUGCUUACAUUUAUAGGAUCUGGAUUUACUUAAAUACUUAUCCGUACCGUCUAUUCUACAUUACCUGGACGAUCCAGAUUUAUAUUCGACCACGGCCCGUCACUCCAGCAGCAUUCCUCAAACAUCUAUGUGCAUUGUUUAUGCUGCUACAACAAAAACAACAUUUUUAAUAUCAUUUCGCAGCAGUUGCUUAGUAGUUACGAAAUUUAACAUACUCGAUAGCAGGCAUAAAUUAGAGAAUUUGUAAAUGUAUGUAAAUGUAUAUAUAAGUAUAGGUAUUUUUGUUUAAUUCCGAAAUAAUCUGUAAAACUACCUCAGUUUUGGUCUUAUUGGAAAUUUGUUAUUAGGCCCACUCAUCUUAAAAAAAAAAAUUAAAAUGUAACUACCGUUUAGUGGUGUGCUGAACUACAGCCAGUUAUUUACAAAGUAAAUGUAUGUAUGUACAUACCUUUGCAUUAGCUAUGUAAAACAAACUAAUAAAAUCAUAAAUUCAAAGUCAA